AUGCGAGACCUAACUGCUCGUACCAGCUGUCUACUGCAGUUUCCAGAUGUGACUAUACAAGCACUUGGAGAAGAUGAGAUAGCACUAGAUUGUGUACUUUAUGGGAAAUUCACAGGAGGUCGAAGUGGGUUGGCUUGCCUUGCAUGUGGACCACAGCUUGAGAUUGUAAGCCCGAUCACAGGAGAACGACUGUCAGCAUCGUUUAAUGGGGUGAAUGAACAGCUACCCACUAUUCUUGCAGUGAAAGAGUUUUCCUGGCAAAAAAGAAAUGGACUAUUAAUUGGUUUGGAAGAAGCAGAAGGAAGUGUUCUGUGUUUAUAUGAUCUUGGAAUAUCCAGACUGGUUAAAGCAGUUGUUCUUCCUGAAGGGUCACCUGCCAUUGAACCAAUUAUAAACCAUGGAGGAGCCAGCUUGACAACUCAGCACUUGCACCAGUGCCUCAGAUGGCUGUUUGGUGUGGCUGUGGUGGUUACUGAUGUUGGUCAUGUCCUCUUGAUAGCUUGCUUGGAUGACUUAUCAUGUAACCAAAAUGAAAUAGAAGCUUCUGAUCUAGAAGUUAUCACUGGAAUCCCUUCUGAAAUCCCACAAGUAAGGGAAGCUGUAAGAAGGAAAGGCCGACAUCUUUGUUUCCAGUUAUUGAACCCAUCGGGAACUGCUGUGACAACUCUCUCAUAUAUACAGAGAAGCAACCAGUUAGUUGUAGGAUUUUCUGAUGGCUACCUUUCACUGUGGAAUAUGAAAAGCUUGAAGAAAGAAUACCAUUUCCAGUUAGAGGGAGGGAGAGUUCCUGUAUAUGCUGUUACUUUUCAAGAACCUGAAAAUGAUCCUCGCAAUUGUUGCUACUUGUGGGCUGUCCAAUCAACACAAGAAAGUGAAGGAGAUAUUCUUAGUUUACAUCUGCUGCAGUUAGCUUUCAGUGACAGAAGGCGGUUGGCGUCAGGACAAAUCAUGUAUGAGGGUUUGGAAUACUGUGAAGAAAGGUACAGUCUGGACCUUACAGGGGGGGUUUCCUCUUUGAGAGGACAGCCUAGCAAUACCAAAUUAAUCGGUUGUCAAACUAUAGAAAAAUUUCGAAGCCAUGUUGACAGAGAAGAUAGUAUUAAUGAAGUCACAUCGCCUGAUACAAGUGUAUCCAUCUUUAGCUGGCAAGUGAAUACCUAUGGUCAAGGCAAGCCAUCUACCUACUUAGGUAUUUUUGAUAUAAAUCGCUGGUAUCAUGCUCAGAUGCCAGAUUCAUUAAGGCCAGGGGAAUUGUUACACAAUUGUCCAUAUUUUGCAUUAUGGUCUUUGGAUGCGAUGGUGAGCAUCACCUCUCCUAAUCAUAUUUUGGAUGUCUUGGUACAUGAACGAAGCUUUACUCGGGGAGUGCCUCCUUCUUAUCCUCCACCUGAACAGUUUUUUAACCCAAGCACUUACAAUUUUGAUGUCACUUGUUUGCUGAAUUGUGGAAUAGUUCAUAUGUCUUGUACAGGAUUUCAAAAAGAUACAUUGCAUUUCUUAAAAAAUUCUUCCUGUUCAUUAAAUGAAACUAUUCCUGAGGGUUAUAAUAGAUGUCUUAUAGCUGGUUUACUAUCUCCAAGAUUUAUUGAUAUACAGUCAACAAGUCUGAGCCAGGAAGAGCAGUUUGAAGCUGUGUUAUCAACUGCUAUCCAGACAAGUUCUUUGGGACUCCUUACUAGCUGCAUCAAACAAUGGACUGCUGAAGAGCAACCAGAUUCUGCACCCAACUUGCGUUUUGUUCUCGAAUGGGUAUGGAGUAAAGUUGUUAAAACAAAGAAGACUUCAUUUGUCUCUGUAAGUGCUCCCUUAUUUGAUGGGUCAUCUAACUUCAUUGAUGCACAGACUCUACAGUCUCUCCAGCGCUGUGAGUUGCUUCUUAGCAACCUUAACACAGUGUUAAACUAUUUUAUCAUGGAAGCUCAAGAACUGACUGAAAAAGGCAUUACAGAUCUAACAAACAAACAGGUUGUAACCAGUCUCCUUUCGCAGUAUUUACAAGUGGUCAUCUGGUUCUGUCGAUCCAAUCUCCUUCCAGAAAAUUUAGAGGAAGAUAUGCAUUUGUCAAAAUCUUUCUAUAAUUACCAACAUAUUCAACGGUUUUAUAUCAGUUGUCGUCAAAAAUUGGAACGUUUAUCAAGGGGGAAAUGGAACCCUGAUUGUUUGAUGAUUGAUGGCAUGAUUUCCCAGUUAGGUGAUUCAGUUGUGAAGUUGUGGCAGAAAGAUGAUGGAGGGACUGGAAAGUAUCCUCCUCCAACACUACAUGCACUGCUUGACCUCUACUUGUUAGAAAACACUGAAGAACUCUACAAGCAUGCAAUUACAAUUUAUUUAUUACUGGAUAUCAUGCAUUCUUGCCCAAACAGAACUGAUACUUCAGUGGAUUCUUUCCCAACAGCCUUUGCAGUUCCAAUAGGUCUGGUUAACCUAAUUCAGGGUUUUUGGUGUUUGGAUCAUAAUGACUAUGAGAAUUCUCUGUCCUAUCUGUUUCAUCCAGCUACAAUCAAAUUGCCCUGGCAACACAUGCGGAUCAUUCAAGCUUUGAUGUGUCAAGGAGAGCACAAGCGAGCCCUAAGAUAUAUACAGAUGAUGAAACCAUCAAUGAUAAGUAGCACUGAAGUUGCACUCCACAUUACUGUCUUGCUAUAUAACAGUUGCAUGGUGGAAGCUUGGAACGUGUUGCGGCAAAAUUCUAGCCAGUUAAAGGUCGAAGAGAUGCUCAAACAUGUUUAUGAAAUCUGUCAGGAACUUGGAUUGAUGGAAGAUUUACUAAAAUUACCAUUCACAGAAACUGAACAAGAGUGUCUAGAGAAGUUUUUACAGACAAGUACUGGUAUCAACAAUCAUGAGUUUCUUUUAGUUCAUCAUCUCCAGAGGGCCAACUACAUUCCUGCCCUGCAGCUGAAUCAGUCUUUGAAGAUUAAUCUCAUGAAUGAUCCUCAAUGGAGAGAGAGGUCAGUUGCCAGAAAUUCCAUAUUAGACCAUUAUGGCAAAGUUCUGCCUCGAGUUCAAAAGAAGCUAGCUAUAGAGCGAGCCAGACCUUACCAUUUGUCAUCUUCACUACGGCGGGAAAUUUUAAGACCAAAACCAUUAUCAACAGUUGCAAAACGGAUUGCUACUGGAAAUGUAAUUACAAAAGCAACUUUCAUCAGUAAUGUAUUGUCUAAAAUUGGAGAAGUAUGGGCAGGAAGUGAACAGAAAAGCAGGUCACAUCAGAAUGAUACUGGACCUGAAGAGCAAUCAUCUAUGUUGGAGCCCUGCCCUGAUAGGCGGUUACAAGAUCCAUUUAUUGGAACUACUCUCAAAAAUUACAGAUUGCUUGACUUGAUGAUCCAACCUUCUCUUGAUUCACCACCUUUGAGAAGAAGAGCUGAAGUCACCAGAAGUUUCUGCUCUGGCAGACUUUCUAGCCCACUGCAUUCCAGUUCUCAAUACUCCGUAAGAACAUUACUGCCCAACAUUGCAAGAGCACCAGAAUUAAAAUUAUUGGAAACACAUCCUGUUGUCAAGAGAGCUAAAGCUUUGGCAUCCACAUCAUCCUCAGUCUUCCCUGGUUUUACCUCCUCAGUCAAUAUUGAGAUCCAGCGUUCGCACACUCCUUUAGCAACUCCAACUGCAUCUCCAGGAAGAUCUAUUACACCCCCUCUGCGUGCAAAAGAAACCAAAUAUCAUUUAUGGAAGAAAGCAAACUUCACAAUGGACUGGGGACAAGAAUGUGGCUCAUUUCCUGAGAAUGAAGCAUUUCCAAAGGAUCAUUUGAAGGUUGACCAAGACACCAUAGUCUGUUUUUUGCCUUCUAAUGAAUGUGCAACUAAUCCCCUAGAAUCCAGCAUGCUACAAUUGUUGGAAGACAACAGAUUCCUUGCUGAAACAAACAGCCAAGUUCAAAAGGUGGAAGGAGCAGAUGGAGAAUCUGUCAUCAGUAUUCCUGAUAGUGAAGACAUUGCCAGUAUCCAUUCAAGAAAUGAGCUGGAAGAAAGAGAAGCAAUAGAUGAAGGUGAAUUGGAAAAAACAAUCCAAGAGGAACAUCUAAUAGUCCUGCAAGAAAAAACAUUGCCUAAUAUUGACUCUGAAAAUCAAAAAGUGGAUCUGAUGGGAGACGGAAAACAUGAGAUACAAGUUUCAGAAGCUAUAGAAGAAGAAAUCCCAUACAAUGAACUGUGUUCCUCAAGCAAUCUCAAAUUUCAGUAUCACUGUGACAGUGUAGAACAACAAUCUGAAUUGCUUGAAAAAGAUGCUAGUGCUGAAUCUUCAUUUACUGAAAGAGAUGGAGAACUUCUGUGUCAGAAUAAUUUUUCUUUAAUAUUAGAAGGUGAUGAUGAAACUGAGAUGGAAGACUCUACAAGUUUGCAUGCUUCUCUGAAACCAGCCAGCCCAGACUCGGGGGAUAGAAGCAACAACCAGAACUUAACCAAUUCUGUGUCCACAGUAACUAGUAAUGAAAUACCACAGAAUACUGCUGAAGUCCUACCUUAUGUACCUGAACCAAUUCAAAUGGCUAUUGCUGAAAAUCUGUUAGAUGUAAUCAAAGACACAAGAAGUAAAGAAUUUUCAGCUGAGAUAAUAGAACAAUCUCUUCAUGAAAGCAUAAGCAAGAAAGUAUUAAAUUUAUCCCAAGGUCCUAUUCAAAUUCAUGACACAACUAGUGAUGUAGACUUAAAUAGAAUUGAAAAUUUGAUGCCUGGUAUAAGUUCAACAGAUCAGGCAAAUCAAAGUCUAAAUAUCUCAUGUAAUGAAAAAUCACUGACAAAGACAAAUAAACCAACUAUAUUGGCAACUCCCACCCUAAGGAGAAGUGCUAGGCGAACAAAGACGACAACAAACAUUUCUGAAAUCUACCAUAUAAUUCGGGAAGAACCACAAGAACAGCAGAUUCUCCAAAUUCCUGAUUUUCCCAUGGAGAUGUCUAUUGGAACAAGAGAGAAUACAAGAAUAGGUACAUCAGAAUCAGUUUCUGAUCAAGAAGUAGUCUUAUUGAAUCAUCACAUAUUGAACCACCAGCCGACAAACUUCGACAACACCAUGCUAGUAGCAUUAAGAAGACAAGAUAACCCCAAGAAAGUAAAACAGUCACUUUCCCUGGAUAUAAAUGAAACCUUCUACUUUUCUCCUCCUCUUACUAAACUCACAGAAGAAACUAAAGGUGAAAAAACAGUGACACCUGUUCAAUUCAAAGGUGUAGAUACAGAUUUGGCUUCUAAGUUCGUGUUCUCACCCCCUGUCCUGAGGUCCAAAAAGCAGGUGUCCAGUAUUUCAAGGAUUGUGGAAGAUCUGGAAUUGCCAGUUAAAGAAGAAAGCAUGCUGUUCAGUAGAGACUUUAGAAAAGCAAAAAUCUUAGGGAAAGACAGUAGUUGGUCACCCCCAGCAAUGGAAAUCAAGUUCAUUUCGCCCUUUGGCACCCCUGCAGAUGAAACCAAACAAAAGCAAGGGGAUUCUGUGGAUAAAACAGAAAAAGCUGUUCAAAAAACUGUUCGUAGGAAGGAGAAGAGACUGUCUAGCUACCCAAAGCCAGUUGUACGGAAGAAGAUGCUAUAACUGCUUUUAAAAAUGUGUGAUGUACACCAAUAUUUGUAAAGUCAUCACAUUUGUGUGGAAUAUUAAGAAAAAAAUCAUCUAAUUUGGAAGAUAAUUUAUAUAAAUUAUUGUAAUUUUCAAGAGAACUAAAGAUCUUCAAUAAGUAACUCCGUAUGGAGUGUGAUUUCUUCAGUCAAUGCAGUUUUCUAUUUUAUAAUAUACUUCGUACAUUUAUAUAAUAUGUAAAUAAAUAUUUUAGGAAUGUUAAUAAAAAAUGUAUACUUAAUGAUUAUUGUCCACUACAUUUUGGAAGAGAAUAAUAUGGAUGCAGAAUGCAAAUGACCCAAAGGGGAUUUUAAUUACGACUUUCCACUGUUGGUGCCUCUGAUGGGAGCCAGCAUUCUUUUUUUUAAAAAAGUUUGAUCUUAUAAUUUUUUAAAAUUUAAAUUUCACACUUUUAGAAUUUUUAGAAAAUAUGUGACCUCAUGGGAAUUAAUACUAGAGUUAUCCAUCAUAAAUAAAACCUUAUUCUCUCUAUUCAACAUGUAUUUAAUUGAAGAAGUCAGAAUGUAAACCAUUGUACUGAAGCUGUGCAAUAUUUUUUUGUAUUUGUUUUAACUUGGGAAAGCUGCUCUUUGAUUUAGAAAACAAAAAUCUCACCUCAAUUGUUUUUUUUUAACUGAUGCAUCAGCAAAAGGUUCUUAACAUUCAAGGUAUUUAUAUUGUCACAAGUAUUCAACAAGGGACAGCAUUUCAGGGAUUUCAUCUACUUAAAUUAGUUCAAAUUUGAUAUUUUGAGAUGAUGCAUGUUUUAUAGAUUUUGUGGUUACUAGAGAAAUGUUACCACAAUUUUGCUAAAAUAAAAUUUGUCUGGAAAUAC